CGCUUGAUCAGAUUAGAUUUCGAAUUUCUGAAUUUGUAACUCUCUAGAAUUUUAACUUUUUGCUCCAAAACUGCAAAAUUUCUAUUAGUUGUUAAAUUGUGAUUGCGAUUGCGAUUGUGUGUAUACAACUCGGCCGAAGAUGAGAGCUGUCAAGACACGCCGAAGUCCUGCUAGACUGGUAAAAGACAAAAGCCACGGAGCCGGCAAGAAUCCCCAUAAUCCAUCUCAAUUCGCCGGAUUCUCCGCGGGAGUGCAAUAUCCAGCUGCAUAUCAACAGCAGACGCUUGGCAAAUCGAAGCCAGCCUCAGUUGCCCUCAGCCAGCUGCAGCAGCAGCAGGAACAGCAGCAGCAGCAGUACCUGGCCCAGCAACAGCAACUGCAGCAACUGCAACAGCAGCAGCAGGCGCCCCUCAACCUCCCCAGCUAUGCAGACCAGAUGCAAGCCGCAUUCCUCGAUUACCAGCGCCAGCGAAUGGAGUUUGAGCAGCAGCAGCAGCAGCUGCUCCAGAAGCUCUACACCUACUAUCCCGAUGUCUCUGGCCAGCAGCAGCACCAGCUGCACCAUGAGCUGCCGCACGGCCAGCAGCAGCAUCAGCCGAACACAAUCAACAGCGACGGCGGUCGGUUCUUCGCGCGCCAGGCCUUUGGUGGCGCCAGCAACGGAUUGCAGCCGCAACCGCAGCCGCAGCAGCGCCAGCAGACGCAGCAGCCGCAGGCACAGCUGCCCCAGCUGCCACAGCUGACGCAGCUGUCACAGUUGCCGCAGUUGGCACAGCUGCCACAGCAGGCCCAGCCAGCGGCCCCGGCUGGCGGACUGGCCAACUUCUACUCGACCCAGCAGCACAUGGGCUUCAUGCAGCAACAGCAGCAGAACGUGCUCCGCGAUCAGCAGCAGAACGUUGCCCAGCAGUUCGCCACCGGCCAGCAUGCGCCCAGCACCAGCACCAACUACGGCAUGGCAGUGCCCGACUCCCCCGAGCUGGCUGCUGCAGCCUAUCAGCCGGCAUCGGCCGUAUCCCAUGUGAGAUUCAGCAGCGGCAAUCUCAACUACAACUUCUAGGCCCAAAAUCGAUCGAAUGCCAGGCGCUGUUGCACUCCGGAUCACACAGCCUGUGGCCGCGAAGUGGACCAGAAACCAUAACCCCCUUUCCCCUCACCACCCCUCCAUCAUCGCCGAGCAGCUGUCAAAUCAUACACAUUUUUCUGUCCCAAGCAAUUUUUUUUCCCCAAUCAUUAGUCCUAAUUUAUUUUUAUCGUAAUAGUCAUAUUAUUAUUAUGAACACUUUUGUUACAAUGCGAAAAUUUUGCAGCAGCGCAGCUAUGAGUCAUAAAUUGUGAAUAAAUAAACUUUGCAUAAUCCCCAAAUGA